AUGUACGCGGGCCUCGCCCUCGCGGCCAGCCGGCUGCUCGGCGGCAUCUCGUACUCCAUCCUCUUCACCUCGUUCGAGUCGUGGCUGAUCGCCGAGGCCGAGGCGUGCGAGCUGCCACGCGGCCAGCUCACCCAUAUCUUCGCCGCAUCCUCCUGCGUCUACGCCUUCUCCGCCGUCGUCGCCGGCAUCGCCGGCCACGCCGUCGUCGAGCCGCCGUCACAAUGA